AGCUGGGGGCCCUGGGGGCAGAUCUGAUUGUUUUCUUGGUGGUAUAUAAGGGGUUUUAAGGAGAGUCGUGUGCCAGACACGCAGCCACUGAACCACAAGCAGCUUCGCUUUAACUGGAGUGCCCGGGAGUCGCGUGCCAGGAGCCGCACGGCCGAGGACUGACUGACAGACAGACACGCACCACCACCACAACACACGAGACCCAGGCGGAUCGCCGCGGCCGCCGGGGCUCUUGGCAAACUCGUCCUUCGGACCGGUCCCCCGCGGAGCCGCACCGGAGCCGCCGUUUUCAAGCGAGGAGGAGGACGCAGCGCCGCGCUCCCGGCGGCGCGGAGAAUCGCUUCAGCACACGCCAAAGUACUAGCGACCCUGAGACUCAUUUAGGGAGCGAACUACGAUGUUUGUCAAAUCCGAGACCUUGGAGUUGAAGGAGGAAGAGGACGUGCUGGUGCUGCUCGGCUCGGCCUCCCCCGCCUCUGCUGCCCUCACCCCGUUGUCGUCCAGCGCCGACGAGGAGGAAGAGGAGGAGCUGGGCGCGUCGGGCGGGGCGCGCCGGCCGCGCGGAGCGGAGGUCGGGUCCGGGGGGCUGGGCGGCUCUCCGGCCGGAGCCGAGGGCUGCCGGCCCGCGCGGCUGCUGGGUCUGGUUCAUGAGUGCAAGCGGCGCCCCUCCAGGGCGCGAGCCGUUUCCCGCGGCGCCAAGACGGCCGAGACGGUGCAGCGCAUCAAGAAGACCCGUAGACUGAAGGCCAACAACCGUGAGCGCAACCGCAUGCACAACCUCAAUGCCGCGCUGGACGCGCUGCGCGAGGUCCUCCCCACGUUUCCCGAGGACGCCAAGCUCACCAAGAUCGAGACCCUGCGCUUCGCCCACAAUUACAUCUGGGCGCUCACCGAGACCCUGCGCCUGGCCGACCACUGCGGGGGCGGCGGCGGAGGCCUGCCGGGGGCGCUCUUUUCCGAGACUGUGUUGCUGAGCCCGGGAGGCGCUAGCGCCUCCCUGAGCAGCAGCGGAGACAGCCCGUCGCCUGCCUCCACCUGGAGCUGCACCAACAGCCCAGCGCCGUCCUCUUCGGCGUCCUCCAACUCCACCUCCCCCUACAGCUGCACUUUAUCUCCUGCCAGCCCGGCGGGUUCUGACAUGGACUAUUGGCAGCCCCCACCUCCCGAAAAGCACCGCUACGCACCUCACCUCCCCAUAGUCAGGGACUGUAUCUAGAACUACCCUCCUUGCUACCCGCGCCAGGCCUUAGUAGGUUCCCGUUCUUGUCCCUGACCAAGCCCUCCUCCCACCCCUCUCCUGUCCCUACUUCUAUAUGCCCUGGAAACCAUCUCACUUUACGGGGCAGAUGUAGGCAUUCUGAGUCCUGGGCUGUUUGCUGCAUUCCUUGGCUAAGGGUUUCCUUCCUUCAGAUGGUCUCUAAUUUAUUGACGGUGUGUUGGAGCUCAUUGUCAAAGAGGAUGGUAGAAUUGGGGGGGGGGCGUUUCUACGG